AUGUCGAACCUGAUGCACAAAAUGAAGGACGCCCUUACAGGUCAUCAUGAAUCUGAGAAUAAGGGAUCCUCUUAUAAUUCAUCGAACAUGAACAAGAAGAUGGACGAUACCCGUGAUAGCUAUGGCGCUCAAGACCCUACUAGCACCGGCGACUACGGCUCUAAGCCUUUGACCUCUGAUAACUACGGAUCUGGCGACUACAAGACUGGUUUGCAGGGUGACACCAAGAUGCCCAGUGUAAUGGAAGACACUGGAAAAACUGGCAACACCUAUGGAUCCACCAAUAAAGGCAGCGGCAACUACGGAUCUAGCAGCUUGGGUGGUACUCAGGAUACCAUGACCAACAGGAUGGAUGACACCAGUAAUACUUACGGUGCAUCCAACUUGGGAACUGACACGUAUGACUCUGGCAACAAAGACCCGUUCAAGGACUAUAGUGCUGCCACCGGCUACAGCCAAAAGCCAAUUGGCUCUGAAGCUUACGACUCCAAAAAUCGAGGCGGAAACCUCGGUUCAGGUUUGAACACCGACUCUUAUGGCUCGGGUAACACCGACUCCUAUGGUUCGGGUACUAAAGAUUAUGGCUCGAACACCAUGAACACAGGGGCUGGCGAUUCCCAGAUGACCAACCCGAUGGACAGUGGACUUGAUAAUCGUGGAACCUACGGCGGUACCGGCCAGACAGGUGCCUACACCUCAAACUACGGUGAUGACCUUGGCUCCACAGGCAUGGGCACAGGCACGGGCAAGUAUAACACUCGCUCCAACACGGGAUCCAACAUGCCCAGUCAAAUGGAGACGCGGGCCGAGUCCGGGAUGGAUAAGCAGGGCUUCGGUGGUGCUGCUGCUGGAGGGAGCAGCUAUAAUGCCCCCGAGUCUGGUAAGAGAAGGUCUUCUGGUCCCCAUAGUUCGAACCUUCUCAACAAGCUUGACCCAAGAGUACGUAGCUCAGAGUAUGAGAGUAAUGCUAUGGGUAACCAGCGGGGAAAUUAG